ACAUUGACGUAACAAAACCCAUUAUAUAAACGAGGCUUAGAUUCACUUCAAUUGGAUCCCUUUGAUUAUUUCAUAGUAGUAGAACUUUUAGGAAAUUGAAUUCAAUUGGAUCGAUCUGCUGAAGAGGAGCAGUAGCAGAAGGGGAAAAAAAUGAAACAAAUGGAUAUAGAGUCAGUGAAGAAAUUCUUGGAGAAAGAAGGUGGGAACUAUGAAUCCACAGUAGAUUCCAUGCCUUCAAGAUUCCUUGAAGCUUUUGUCUCACAUGGCAUAAAAGUUGACCUCGUUGAACCAGGCCGUAUUCUCUACUCUUUCCAAGUCCCAUCUCGUCUAGUGAAUGCGGGUAAUUUUCUACAUGGUGGAGCUACGGCGGCUCUGGUGGAUAUUUUUGGUUCGGCUGUUAUUCAUACAGUAGGUGCACCCUUUACUGGUGUCUCCGUUGAGAUCAACGUUUCCUACUUGGAUGCUGCUUUUGUUGGGGAGGAAAUCGAAGUUGAAGCCAAAGUAUUACGUGUUGGGAAGACAAUUGGUGUUGUCAGUGUUGAGUUGAGGAAGAAAGAGACGGGGAAGAUAGUUGCACGAGGUCGUCAUACCAAGUAUUUGGCUGUCAAUAGUAAGCUUUGAGCUACUACAUAUACAUUUGCUGGGAAUCCUGUUGGCUGAGACCAACGAAAUCCUUUCCGAGGAAAUUUUACCAUAUAACAAGUAUUUUUAGCAUGUACAAUAUUACUCAACUGAACAAUUAAGUACAGGCUUACGUACGUGCAUGCUCAUUUUAUGUAGUUAAUUACAAAUCAACAAUGUCUCCUGUACUGCAAUAUGAUAUUCUCCUCUCCUUCAUAAUAAGAGCGUGUUCUUGCACUAAAGUCA